AUGAUCAUCUACCGGGACCUCAUCAGCCGAGACGAGAUGUUCUCCGACGUCUACAAGAUCCGGGAGGUCACAGACGGGCUGUGUCUGGAAGUGGAGGGCACGAUGGUCCGUAGGACCCAAGGUUACAUCGACGACAAGCUCAUCGGUGGCAACGCCUCCGCCGAAGGCCCCGAGGGCGAUGGACCGGAGAGCACCGUGGUCACCGGCGUGGACAUCGUCAUGAACCAUCACUUGCAGGAGACGAGCUUCACCAAGGAAGCCUACAAGAGGUACAUCAAGGACUACAUGAAGUCCAUCAAAGGCAAGCUCGAGGAGCGCAAACCGGAACGCGUGCAGCCCUUCAUGACCGGGGCUGCCGAGCAGAUCAAGCACAUCCUCGCAAAUUUCAAAAAGUACCAGUUCUUUCUGGGUGAGAACAUGAAUCCCGACGGCAUGGUUGCCCUGCUGGACUACCGUGAGGGCGGCGGGACCCCGUAUAUGAUCUUCUUUAAGGACGGUUUGGAGAUGGAGAAGUGCUGACAGAGGGCAGCGCACGACCGCCGCCCGCCUCUCCUCCUAGCCGGCCGGUUCACCCACCCGACACCAGGACUGACAAACGGAACUGAUGGUCAUCGUGAGCUCUUCCUUUGCUUUUGACCUUGAUUUAUCUGAAGCGGUGACUUUGAC